AUGGCGUCCGACCCCACGAGCAUCGCCGUGAGCGACGAUGUCAAGGCCAUCGUGAAGGACAAGGAGGCGGCCGGCUUGGCCCCCGUCCUCAGCAGCACAGUCGAGGACGACGACCUCGGUGUCAGCGCCGAUGGCAGAUCUCCCACCGACGAGGAGCUUCACACCCUCCGCCGCAUCCCCGACAAGAUUCCCUGGAGCAUCUACACCAUCGCCUUCGUCGAGUUGUGCGAGCGUUUCUCCUACUACGGUACCACUGCCGUCUUCACCAACUUCAUUCAGCAGAAGCUGCCAGACAACUCCACCACAGGUGCUAGCUACGACAUCGAGAAUGGCCAAGCCGGUGCCCUCGGCUUGGGUCAGAGAACCUCGUUCUCGUUGACGACCUUCAAUGCUUUCUGGCAGUACACCAUGCCUCUGUUCGGUGCCUACGUUGCCGACAGCUGGCUCGGUCGUUACAGAACCAUCGGUGCCGCCCUCGGUAUCGAUAUCAUCGGUCACAUCCUUCUCAUCAUCUCCGGUCUUCCCCCUGUCAUCAAGAACCCCAAUGGUGCGCUGGCUGCCUUCACUCUCGGCAUCAUCACUAUGGGUGUCGGUACCGGUGGUUUCAAGCCCAACGUCAACCCCUUGAUUGUUGAGCAGCUUGAUCUCGAGAGAAUGGUGAUUCGCACCCUGCCGACUGGUGAGCGCGUCAUCGUCGACCCUGCGGCCACCGCUUCCCGUGUCUACCACUACUUCUACCUCUUCAUCAACCUCGGUGCUCUCGCUGGUCAGCUCAGCAUGGUCUACUGCGAGCACUAUGUCGGCUUCUGGCUCUCUUACACUCUCCCAACCAUCAUGUUGUGCUUCUGCCCCCUGGUUAUGCUCUGGGGUCGCAGACGCUACAAGCGUGUCCCGCCCGCUGGCUCAGUUCUCGGCCGCGCCUUCAAGAUCUUCGCCCUCGCCAACAAGGGCCGCUGGUCCCUCAACCCCGUCAAGACCUACAAGAACCUCCACGACGGUACCUUCUGGGAGAACGUCAAGCCCUCCAAGAUUCAGAACAAGCCCAAGUGGAUGGACUUCAACGACGCCUGGGUUGAUGAGGUUCGCCGUGGCUUCAAUGCCUGCGCUGUGUUCAUGUGGUACCCACUCUUCUGGCUCUGCUACAAUCAGAUUAACAAUAACUUGAUUUCGCAAGCUGCCACCAUGAAGCUCGGCGGUGUCCCCAACGACGUCUUGACCAACUUGAACCCCUUCGCUCUGAUCAUCAUGAUCCCCCUCAUGGAUACCCUUGUGUUCCCCGCCCUUCGCAAGCUCCGCAUCAACUUCACCCCCAUCAAGCGUAUCGCUGCCGGUUACUUCGUUGCUGCCAGCGCCAUGAUCUGGGCCUGCGUUCUUCAGUACUAUCUCUACCAGAAGAGCGAGUGCGGCAACCAUGCCAGCGGCAAUAUGCUUGGUCCUGACGGUGCCGAGUUGCUUGGCUCUGACGGCAAGACAAUCAAGUGCCCCAAUGUCGAGAUCAGCGUCUGGGCCCAGACCGGCUCUUACGUUCUCAUCGCCUUCUCCGAGAUUCUGGCCUCCAUUACCAGCUUGGAGUAUGCCCAUUCCAAGGCUCCCGCAAACAUGCGCUCCAUGGUUCAGUCUGUCUGUCUGUUCAUGAAUGCCAUCUCGUCUGCCAUCGGCUUCGCGCUGGUGCCCCUUGCUGGCGACCCGCUUCUCGUCUGGAACUAUGGAGUCGUUGCCAUUGCCGCCGCCAUCGGUGGUCUCUGCUUCUGGCUCCAAUUCCGUGGCCUCGAUGCCCAAGAAGAUGAGCUCAACAUGCUUCCUAAGGGAGAUGUUGGCGGCAAUUCUUCCGAGCCCCAGGCUUAUGAGAAGAAGGACUCUGUUGCUUGA